AAACAAAUUAGUUGUUUUAAAAACUUUAAAUCAAACACUUUACUUGAUAUUCUUCAGAAAGAUUUAUUAAAAUAAGAAAAGGAAAUCAUGGCCAAAUUAUUUCAACAAAUUUUCUUAGUUUUCGCUAUUAUUUUAGCUUUUGCUGCUACCAUACAAGCUCAAGGCAAACAAUGUCCUCCCAAUCAAGAAUGGAAAACCUGUGGUACUGCUUGCCCUGCUAGAUGCGGUGAACCAGCUCCCAAAUUCUGUACUUAUCAAUGUAUUGUUGGUUGCCAGUGCAAGGAUGGUUAUAUGCUUAAAUCAAAUGGUGAUUGUGUGGCCCAAAGAGAUUGUUAAUUAUUGGAAUUAAGUUAAAUUAUUGGAUGGAUAAAGAAUAAAUUGUUUAAAUGGUUAAGGAAAAUAUAAAA